GCGGGUCCCUGCGGGGAUGGCGGCACGGAGAGCGCGGGCUGCGGACCUCCGCGCGGGGUUCAGGGCGGCGGAGCCGGGCCCUGCUGUGCCGCAGGGACUGCUGCGGGCGGCCCGCAAGAGCGGGCAGCUCAACCUGUCAGGCCGCGGGCUGGGCGAGGUGCCUCAACACGUGUGGCGGAUAAAUUUGGAUACUCCAGAGGAAGCUCAUCAGAAUCUCUCCUUCGGUGCUGCCGAUCGCUGGUGGGAGCAAACGGAUCUGACCAAGCUGCUGCUGGCCUCCAACAAGCUGCAGUCUCUGUCCGAGGACGUCAGGCUGCUGCCCGCGCUCACCGUCCUGGAUGUGCAUGAUAAUCAACUGACAUCACUUCCUUCUGCGUUAGGACAAUUGGAAAACCUUCAGAAACUUGAUGUCAGCCACAACAAACUGAGAAGUAUCCCGGAAGAGCUGCUGCAGUUGUCAUGUUUGAAGAGCCUUCUUCUUCAGCACAAUGAGCUGAGUCACUUACCGGAUGGAUUUGGACAGCUUGUCAGUUUAGAAGAAUUAGAUGUGUCUGACAACCAUCUCACAGACAUUCCAACAAGUUUUGCUUUGCUCGUUAACUUAGUGCGACUCAAUUUGGCUUGCAAUCAACUUAAGAACCUGCCUGCAGAUAUCAGUGCGAUGAAAAGCUUACGACAGCUGGAUUGUACUAAAAACUACCUGGAAACUGUACCUUCCAAAUUAGCGACUAUGGCAUCUUUGGAACAACUUUAUCUGAGGAAAAAUAAAUUACGUUCCUUACCAGAAUUUCCCUCAUGCAAAUUACUGAAGGAAUUACAUGCUGGUGAAAAUCAGAUCGAAAUAUUAAAUGCAGAGAAUCUGAAGCAUCUGAAUUCCCUCUCUGUAUUGGAACUUAGAGACAACAAGAUAAAAUCAGUUCCUGAUGAAAUUACUCUGCUUCAGAAGCUGGAACGACUUGACCUCUCCAACAAUGAUAUCAGUAGAUUGCCUUACACACUGGGGAACCUUCCGCAGUUGAAAUUCCUGUCGUUAGAGGGAAAUCCUUUGAGAACCAUUCGAAGAGACCUUCUGCAGAAAGGCACCCAGGAACUUCUGAAAUAUCUAAGAAGCAAAAUCCAAGAUGAUGUCACUAGCCCAAGUGGAGAGCCUCCUGUGACAGCCAUGACUCUUCCCAGUGAGUCAAGGGUUAACAUGCACGCCAUAACUUCACUAAAAUUGUUGGAAUAUAGUGAGAAACAGGCAGCUGUGAUUCCUGAUGAAAUGUUUGAUGCAGUUGGAAGCAAUCCUGUCACCACUGUCAACUUCAGCAAAAACCAGUUGAAUGAAAUUCCUCCAAGGAUUGUGGAGCUGAAGGACUCGGUUUGUGAUGUCAACCUUGGCUUCAAUAAAAUCUCAUCCGUUUCCUCAGAGUUUUGCAUGCUCCAUAAAUUGACACAUUUGGAUAUCAGAAACAAUUUUCUGACAUCUUUACCUGAAGGAAUGGAGGCACUGACACAACUGCUCGUGAUAAAUCUUUCUUUUAAUAGAUUUAAAGUAUUCCCCAGUGUCCUGUAUCGGAUUGUAGCACUGGAGACCAUCCUGCUCAGUAACAAUCAGGUGGGAUCCAUAGACCCUCUGCAGCUGAAGAAAAUGGAGAGGCUGGGAACACUGGACCUUCAGAAUAAUGACCUCCUCCAGGUGCCACCAGAACUCGGAAACUGCGAAACUCUGAGGACACUUCUGUUGGAAGGAAAUCCAUUCCGCACUCCUCGGGCAGCAGUUCUGGCGAAAGGAACAGCUGCUGUGCUGGAGUACCUGAGAAGCCGGAUUCCUACCUGAUACAAUAGUCUGUUUCCUUGGCAGACUUGGGAAUGGAAGUAUGAGGCGUUAUCCUUUCUGACCAAAUGUUGUAUGAUUUCACUGCCUUCCUUCUCUUUCAGCUGUUGUUAACCUGGCCUGUACCGAAAAGCCUUCACAAUCCUGUAUGUAAUAUGCAUGUUAAGGGAGAAUUCAGUUGUGAAGCAUUUUCAUGUUUCAAGAAUGUUUUAUAGCACCACAGUGUAUGUUUACACUUUUUGUAAUAAUUACUGCAGUGAAAACUGCUGUCAGUAAUAGUGACAAUGUCUUUUCUACAAUUAAGCUAAUUUUUAAGAAGAAUUAUCAACAUCAAAGCAUUUGAGCCAAAGGCAGCAGUAAACACUUUGUGUUUUGCAUGCUGGUUCAUAAUCUCCCAUGAGGUAUUCAGUCUCUCUUCACUGCUCCCUCAAAACACUGGCUGCUGGUCUGUGCGGGGAAAGGCUUGAAGCCCUGUGCUGUGGGGAGGUGCCAAGGCCACUGCGCGAGAUGGGCUGCAGCCCGUGUAUGUGCCCCGCAUAAAGUACCAAAUGUGGAUGCCACAAUAAAUAUUCCCUGUUGGAAGUUUGGUUUGGGUUUCUUUCACCGUGUGCUGUAAUUACAUUUUCUAAACAUUUUCUAACCAAUAAUGUUGUAGUGGUUUGAACUAAAUUAGAGUCAGUUCUCUGACUAACUCAGUCUUGUCUAAGUAACUUCAUUUUCUGAAAGCUAAUGGUCUGUUUUUCAGGCAGUUUCUCUCUAGAAGUGAUAACACCGGACAUUGAUAUGCAGAAAGGCCGAUGCUUGUACUUAAUCCUAGGGUAGCCAAGGCCAUCCUUAGGCUGGUGGAAAAAGGCCACAACUGCAGGGAGAGGCGUUUUUAAGCCGAAAAAGUAGUAGGAAGAAAUUUAUUAGCGUGAGGGUGGUGAGGCACUGGCACAGGUUGUCCAGAGAAGUUGUGGACAUCACAUCCCUGGAGGUGUUCAAGGCCAAGUUGGAUGAGGCUUUGAGGAACCUGAUGCAGUGUGAGGUGUCGCUUCCCAUGGCAGGGGUGUUGGAACUGGAUGAUCUUAAAGGUCCCUUCUAACCCAAACAAUUCUGUGAUUCUGUUUGAAAGGAAGGGCUGCCUGCUGCUGCUCGCUGUUGUGGCCACAGGUCCACUGCUGCUUUAUCAGACUACUCUAGGCCCAUCAGUCAGAAAUGGGACUGAAGCAGAAGCCGGAUGGAUUCCUGUGGAUCGGGAGUGGUCGUGGUUUGAUUCUUAAACUGGCCAGGUGCCCUCGGGGCUGUGUUGCUGCAGGCAUCAUCUCUGCGCCUGGGCCCAGCGCACCGGGGGGCGGGUGUGUGGCCAGGCAUAAUGCUCUGUUCCUUGGGCAGCAUCACCUCUGUACUCCCAGUCCUCCAUGGCCUGCAACCACCGACUGCUGUCCCUGUGCGUGACUAGUGCAUCUAAAUGCAAACUGCUCACUGCUCUGCAAUCUAAAAUUAAAAUAAAGCUUCCAAAUGACACACAUCUUUGCUAAGCUUUAGGAACAGGUGUGUGCCUCCUUCUUCCACUCUCCUAUUGCAUGCAGCCUCUGCAUGAAGGUUGUCAGGCUGUCAUCGGAUGGGGUUCCUUUCUAUGGCAUGAGUCUAUAAGGAAGUGAGUGUACAAAAGUAUUUCCUUUCUCUCUGUCCCUGCUGUAACACAGCAAAAUUUAAUACACUGCAAAGUUAAACCUUCCAGGUUUUGUCCAUGUCCAGCAUUAAUGCAAUCACUUACCCUCAUGGUCCACAGACCCCUGUUGCAAGCACCUUUCAGCAAGAGGGAGGAUGGCUGAUGGACCAUGCAGGCAGCUGCAAGGGGCUGUGCCCUGCUGCAGCAGGACCAGGACUGGCCAGCACAGCUGGACAUGUCAGAAACCUGGCAUCAGCCCACUACCGAAAGAGGAGCAGGGGGUGGCAGAGGAGAGCGAAGGGGAAAGGGUUUGCUGUUAACAGGUGGUAGCAUCUGUGUGCAGAGAGAACAGUGGCUUGUCUGAGCUCCAGCAAGUCAUGCGCUGCUCUGUGGUGACUUGGAUGAUGGAACUGUUGCUGCUCUCCACCUGCCUCGACUUUCCCUUAUGUUUUCCCAUCCUUCAUACGGCUUUUGCACUCAAACAGCAGCAACUGCCACGCUUUUGUUUGCAAGCUUGCAGUCACUGCAUUCCCAGAUUUGCUGGUUCACUGGUAGUUAUGGCUGAAUGAGAUGAGCUACUCAGGUCUCCAGUCUCUAUCUGCCAUUUCUGGCAAUGCAAAGGAGUCUCUCCCUCCAACACCGUGGGGGUUGCUGACAGGAGCAGCAAAGGCUUCCGAAGGUGGAAGCUGUGACGUUGCUGCCUGAGGAGGAUGGUGUCCUCGCCUGGCAUCUGCCCCAGUUCCAGAGGGUUCCAACCCUCUCACUGACCCUAACUGGCAGAGCAACGUCUUUGGAAACCUCAGAGCCUUUCCAAUAGUAAAAGAUGACAAAAAUUAAUUACAAUAAGGUGACAUUUUUAUUAUUUAUACAAUAAAGAGACUUUUUAAUGUUAUUCAAAACACUUUUUUUUAAAUACUGAAAAAGUUGGGUACACCAAAGCCGAAAAAUGGCUCUGCUAUACACUGCACAGCAUUGGUUUAGUCCCUGUAUUCCUUUUAUGUACAGAAGCAUCUGCAAAAUGCAUUCUAAACACAAUAUGCACCCUACGGAGAAGUGUCAUACAUUAAAUAAAACGGGAAGGAUACAACCUGCAUGUGCAAAUUAACUGACAAUAUCAUUGAUUGCACUCAAUCAAUAGAUUUAAAAUAUAGUUUUGAAGUACCUUUUUGCACAUAAAAUGAAGCAGCUUUCAAGUUCAGUAAGUCUUUAUACUGCAAAAAACAUUAAGUACAUUCACAAUCUAUGUUAAUAAAGUAGUAAAUAUUUCUUCAUUCAGCUUUAUUUACAUUAAUACUGUAAUUCAACUGAAAAGUACAGUUAGUCAUUUGUAAUAUAGCAAUCUUUUAACACAUACAAAAAAGACCAUUUUCUGUAUAUAAUUUAAGCUCAAAAUCACAAUUAUCUCAAAAUAUUAAUUACAAUACAGCCAUCUCCAUCAUAAUUGAACGUGUCUUUUAUAAAAUGGUAAAAUUUU